UUCUGAAGUGGACCAGGACACACAGCGCUAUGCUUCACGGAAUUCAAGACGAACAGGAUGAAGAAAGGUGUGCUUUGCAGGGCGGUCGACACGCACAAGGCGACUCUUUUACGCAUGGAACAUAAACAACUUGAGAAGGCCGGGAUGCAUGAAAAAAUGCAUUUUCUAAUGUGUCAUUUUGUCUUUGCCAGUGGAACGGAAUACCAUAUCAUAUAGCAGCACAGCACAGAAAGUGAAGGAAAUCCUCGAAGUUACUUUAUUAUUAUUAUUAUUAUUAUUAUUAUUAUUAUUAUUAUUAUUAUUAUUAUUGUUAUUAUUAUUAUUAUUUUAUUUAUAUGCGUGUGCCAUGCAAUGAGAGCGAGGAGAACUCUUUUCAAGAUGACACGCAAGAAACGCAGAGGAUGAGCGCACGCACGUUUUGAAAAACUGCUCCACCGGCACACGAUGGAGCGCUCUGAUGCCUUCAAGGCGACCCCCGUGGCGUAUGGAGAGCUACUGAACCUUUCGUCCAACUCCACGGACUCGAAUUACACGGGUGAGACGGCGGAAAAGAGCGCGAGCGUAUUUGCGCAGACGAGCGCGGCUGUGAUUCUGUCUCUUCUGACGUGCGCUACUGCGCUGUCCAAUGCGUUCGUCAUUGCCACCAUAUAUCAAUCCCAGAAGCUGCACACACCUGCCAACCUUUUGAUCGGCUCGCUGGCUGUCACUGACCUGCUCGUGUCUGUGUUGGUGAUGCCUGUGAGUGCUGCGUACACCAUCAGCCAAACGUGGACGCUGGGUCAGGUGGCAUGUGACCUGUGGUUGUCAUCAGACAUCACGUGCUGCACAGCAUCAAUUCUUCACUUAUGCGUGAUUGCACUUGACCGCUACUGGGCCAUCACGGACGCCGUGGGGUACUCUGCAAGGCGCACGCGUGGCCGUGCAGCCGGCAUGAUUGCCGGUGCCUGGGUCAUCGCCAUAUCCAUCUCGGUGCCACCCUUCUUCUGGCGCCAGGUCAAGGCGGACGAAGAGGUCACCAGCUGCCACGUCAACCAAGACCACGUCUUCUACACCAUCUACUCCACUUUCGGCGCCUUCUACAUCCCCACGCUGCUGCUAGUGGUGCUCUACGGUAGGAUUUACGUAGAGGCCCGGAAACGGAUCUUGAAACAGUCGCCCCAAAAGCCUGGCAAAAGACUCACAUCCGCCCAUUUGAUCACACACUCGCCUGGCUCGGUGGCAUCCACUACGUCGCUCACGUAUGGCACAACUGAGUUGACGUCGUACGAUGGUACAGCCUCUGUCCCAGCAAACAGUCAGGUGAAAGUCACCAUGUCAGACGCGCUUCUGGAGAAGAAGCGCAUCUCUGCGGCUCGGGAAAGGAAGGCAACAAAAACUUUAGGGAUUAUACUCGGGGCCUACAUUGUGUGCUGGCUGCCUUUCUUCAUUUAUGCGUUACUCGUGCCUAUCUGCCCCUCGUGCACAUUUUACCCCGAGCUUUUCGACUUGUUCACGUGGCUCGGCUACCUGAACUCGCUCAUCAACCCUAUUAUUUACACCAUGUCCAAUGAGGAUUUCAAACAGGCUUUCCAUAAACUUAUGCGCUUUAACUGUUGCCGAUCUUGAGGACUUUGGAACAAGAAAGCAUGUGAAGUGGCCAGUCUGAUUUUCAAAGGCCCAAUCAAUGUGGAAAACAAUGAGAAUAUAACAUUAGACUAUGACUACAAUCACAACGCUGGUA